CAGCCAUGAGCAGUGAAGAGAAAAUUUUAGGGUAAUAAGAUGCAUUAAGUUCAGAAUGAGUUGAUGCUCGUCUGUGAAUGCUCUUGAAGUGUGCUUUAUUUUGAAAGCAAUAUAGAGAAUUGGAGUGUGUGUAUUUCCCCCCAGCAAUGGGAAAAUAAGACUCUCCUCGGAUGGGAGUCCACCAGGGUUGUAGUGAAAGCCCUGGAGGCAGAAAGAGACAGAAGAGGGGCUUGUCCGGAGCAUGGAUAGGAAAGGAGCUGGGGUUCUUCAGGGCUCAGCACGCACGGAGAAUCUGUGCCCAGGGCUGCAGCUGCGGACGAUAAAGGCGCUGUCUGGCUAAUGAAGGCCACCUGGAUCAGGCUUCUGAAGAGAGCCAAGGGAGGAAGGCUGAAGAAUUCCGAUAUCUGUGGCUCGGCAGACUCCUACACCAGCCGUCCAUCCGAUUCAGAUGUGUCUCUGGAGGAGGACCGGGAGGCAGUGCGCAGAGAAGCUGAGCGACAGGCCCAGGCACAGUUGGAAAAAGCCAAGACAAAGCCCGUUGCAUUUGCAGUUCGGACAAAUGUCAGCUACAGUGCAGCCCAUGAAGAUGAUGUCCCAGUGCCAGGCAUGGCCAUCUCAUUUGAAGCAAAAGAUUUUCUGCAUGUUAAGGAAAAAUUUAACAAUGACUGGUGGAUAGGGCGUUUGGUUAAAGAAGGCUGUGAAAUCGGAUUCAUUCCAAGCCCAGUCAAACUAGAAAACAUGAGGCUACAGCACGAACAGAGAGCCAAGCAAGGGAAAUUCUAUUCCAGUAAAUCAGGAGGAAAUUCAUCAUCCAGUUUGGGUGACAUUGUACCUAGUUCCAGAAAAUCUACACCUCCAUCAUCUGCUAUAGACAUAGAUGCUACUGGCUUAGAUGCAGAAGAAAAUGAUAUUCCAGCAAACCACCGCUCCCCUAAACCCAGUGCAAACAGUGUAACGUCACCCCACUCCAAAGAGAAAAGAAUGCCCUUCUUUAAGAAGACAGAGCACACUCCUCCGUAUGAUGUAGUGCCCUCCAUGCGACCCGUGGUCCUCGUGGGCCCUUCUCUGAAAGGGUAUGAGGUCACAGAUAUGAUGCAGAAAGCAUUAUUUGAUUUUUUAAAACACAGAUUUGAAGGACGGAUCUCGAUCACAAGGGUCACUGCUGAUAUCUCGCUUGCCAAACGCUCAGUAUUAAACAACCCCAGUAAGCAUGCAAUAAUAGAAAGAUCCAACACAAGGUCAAGCUUAGCGGAAGUUCAGAGUGAAAUUGAAAGGAUCUUUGAACUUGCAAGGACGCUGCAAUUGGUAGUGCUUGAUGCAGACACUAUUAACCAUCCAGCUCAACUUAGUAAAACCUCUUUGGCCCCUAUUAUAGUAUACGUGAAGAUUUCUUCUCCUAAGGUUUUACAAAGGUUAAUAAAAUCUCGAGGGAAAUCUCAAGCAAAACACCUUAAUGUCCAGAUGGUAGCAGCCGAUAAACUGGCUCAGUGUCCUCCGGAGCUGUUUGAUGUGAUCUUGGAUGAGAACCAGCUUGAGGAUGCUUGUGAGCACCUGGCCGACUAUCUGGAGGCCUACUGGAAGGCCACCCAUCCUCCCAGCAGCAGUCUCCCCAACCCUCUCCUCAGCCGUACUUUAGCCACAUCAACUCUGCCUGUCAGCCCCACCCUUGCCUCCAAUUCACAGAGUUCUCAAGGUGAGCAGAGGACAGAUCAUUCGGCUCCUGCCCGUUCUGCUUCCCAGGCUGAAGAAUCUUGCCUGGAACCAGUGAAGAAAUCCCAGCAUCGGUCUUCCUCCUCAGCCCCACACCACAACCACCGCAGCGGUACCAGCCGGGGCCUCUCCAGGCAAGAGACGUUCGAUUCCGAAACCCAGGAGAGCCGAGACUCUGCCUACAUAGAGCCAAAGGAAGAUUAUUCCCAUGAACACACAGACCACUAUGCCCCCCCACAUCGUGACCACAAUCACCGAGACGAGGCCCAUGGGAGCAGUGAGCACAGACACAGAGAGACCCGGCACCGUUCCCGGGACACAGAUCGGGAGCAGGACCACAAUGAGUGCAACAAACAACGGAGCCGUCAUAAAUCCAAGGAUCGCUACUGUGACAAGGAUGGAGAAGUCAUUUCCAAAAAAAGGAAUGAGGCUGGGGAGUGGAACAGGGAUGUUUACAUCCGCCAAUGACUUUUGACCCCCUUUUUAAAGUCUUGUAUAAGGGAACCCUCAGACAAAAUCUUUGAGGUCUACAUUGCAAUCAUGUGAUCUGUCUUGUGUAUUUUGUAUUGCUGUUGCUUAAAUAGCAAUAGCAUGAAAUAGAGUAUUAAUAUUUUUUUUUCUUUUGUAAGUGCUAUAUAAACUGGCCUGGUACAGCUGCAGUCCUCUGGUUGUAUACUGAAUUAUUCACAUACGUAAAUUGAUUUGGGUAGCUGCCACUUGAACAAAACCUAUUGCCACCCAUGAUUAUUUCAAGAAUUCUAGUUGACAUAUCCAAUAAGCCAGAAUCAGUACAGAUAAAGUGGAAUUUCUUGUUUCCCAGAUUUUCUAAUACCCAGACAGCUGAUUUGCAUAUUCAUUCAUUCACGGACCACUUUUUUGCUUGUACCUCUGGCUGACUAAAUUUGGGGACAGAUUCAGUCUUGCCUUACACAAAGCGGAUCAUAAAGUUAGAAUCUAUUUUCUAUGUACUAGUACUGUGUACUGUAUAGACAGUUUGUAAAUGUUAUUUCUGCAAACACCUUAUUAUAAUUAUAUAUAAUAUAUAAU